AUGGGUAGAAGGAAGGAUUUAACAAGUGAGGAAAGGCAAGCCAUGGCCUUCUUUCUUCUUCAAAAUUCAACAGAUGGGAAGCUCCACCAUGGGACUAUCACUGCUGCCAUGGCGAAAUGGGGGUGUUGUCGGAGCUCCGUCUCACGUUUAUGGCAGGCUGCAAAAAAGGAGCAAGCACAAGGUCACUUAGUAUCCGUUCAAAGCAAAAAAAUCAAUAAAUGUAGAAGAAAAAGAGUGCAAAUAGAUUUAAAACUCAUAUCUAGUCUAGAGUUGCAUAAAAGGGGAACCAUUCGAAGACUAGCAACAGGUAUUAAUUGCUCGAAGAGUACAGUGGGCAGAUGGAUCUCAAAGGGGCUUAUAAGAGCUCAUUCAAGUGUUAUCCGACCCGAUUUGACGGCUCCCAACAAGUUAUUGAGGCUACGGUUCUCUCUUGAACAGAUUGAAUAUGAUGAGAAGUGGUUCUACAUCACCAAAGCAAACCACAAAUUUUACUUAACUCCAGAGGAAACUGAUCCACAUCGCACUUGCAAGAGUAAGAAGUUUAUCAAAAAAGUUAUGUUUAGUUGUGUAGUGGGCAGACCUCUAUUUAAUGAAGAUGGGAGUGUGUUAUUCGAUGGCAAGAUAGGGAUUUUUCCUUUCAGAGAGAUGGUACCAGCCAAGAGAACAAGCAAGAACAGGCUGGCUGGAACAAUGGAGGAGAAGCAAAUCCAAUCCAUCACCAAAGAAGUGAUGAAGGCCUGCUAUAUCUCCAAGUUAAUUCUUGCAAUUUGGGACAAAUGGCCUCAAUUUGCAAGCAAAACUAUAUAUAUACAGCAAGAUAAUGCAAGGCCACAUAUUAAGGACAAUGAUCCAGAUUGGAGAGCUGCUGCAACAGCCAAUGGAUUUGAUAUCAAGAUUAUACAUCAACCUCCAAAUAGCCCAGACACCAAUAUCAAUGACUUGGGUUGGUUUAGGGCCAUUCAGAGCUUGCAAGUACAAUCAGUGGCCACAACUGAGCAUGAGCUAGUACAAGCAGUUGAAAAAUCAUUCGAGGAGCUAAGUCCUCAUACUUUAAAUGCAGUUUUCUUGAGCCUACAAGGAUGUCUAAUUGAAAUCAUGAAAGUAAGAGGGCAAAACUGUCAUAAGCUUCCACACAUGAAGAAAGGAAUGCUUUCAAGGCAAGGUGCACUUCCAAUGUCAUUAGAGGUGCCAAAAGAACUUGUGGAAGAGUGCAUUGGAUAUUUGAUUGAAAAAUGA